AAGAAGCUCGUCAGCCACCUUCUUAGCUUGCUAGCCAAUAUAGCCGGAACAUUGCAGCUCUUUAGACGGUUUCGGUGAAUGGGAAGUUGCUGUGUUUAAAGCACACGUCUGACGUAUCUACUAGUUACCCCGUUUAAUUUUAUAAUUACGUUGUUAGUCAUCUCGCUAGCUGGUUAAGUUAGCACUAGGCUAGUUGUUUAUGCUAACUAACUAGCUAGCUAACAUCCCCGACCAUGAGCUCACUAAACAACUCCCCCACUGCCAAAGGACAGGAGGUCUGCUGGACGGAGAAAGAGGGUCUGUGGCUUAAUAUUGUCGUGAAAGAAGAGGAGGAAGAGGAGGACGUCACAUUGAAAGGAAAUACAGGAGCGCUCAGAGAGGAAGAGGAGGAAGAGGGGGAUGUCGUUUUUGGAGUGAAGGAGCAGGGGGAGGUUACUGUCACAUUGGAAAAUGAGGAGGGAAAAACUGGAGAUCUGAUGAACACCGGAGAGAGGCCAGACUUUCCCUCUGACAGCGGGAAGAGUCCCUCAGGGGAACCAGACCCAGAGACACCCAAACCAGUGAGACCACACCACUGCUCCCACUGUGGAAAGACUUUUACCUGGUUAUCAAAGCUGAAAGAGCACGAGAGAACACACACUGGAGAAAAGCCUUACCAAUGUGCCAUUUGUGGCAAGACUUUUACCCAGUUAGGGGGCUUUCAAUAUCAUGAGCGGACACACAGAGAAAAAAAAUACCUACCACUGCUCUCAGAAUGGAACGACAUUUACCCAGUUAGGGAACCUGAAAAAGAACGACAGAAUUCUCACACAGGGAGAGAAGACAAACCACUGCUCCCAGUGCGGAAAGAGUUUUAAAUGGUUAUCCAAGCUGAAAGAGCACGAGAGGACCCACACAGGAGAAAAGCCUUUCCAAUGCUCCCAUUGCGAAAAGAAAUUUAACCAGUCAUCGCAUCUGAAGGAGCAUGAGAGAAUACACACUGGAGAGAAGUCUUUCCAAUGCUCCCAGUGUGGAAAGGGUUUUACCUGGUUAUGGAACCUGAAAACACACGAGAGGACCCACACGGGAGAAAAGCCGUACCAAUGCUCCCUGUGUGGAAAGACGUUUACCCAGUUAGGGGGCUUUAAAUAACACGAGAGAACACACGCAGAAAAAAGACCUACCACUGCUCUCAGUGUGAAAAGACAUUUACCCGGUUAGG